AUGGCGUGGAAGGCAAUGUUUGGCCUACGAGUAGCGUUGCUGGUUGUUUUGUCUCUGCUAGUGUCUUCCGGUGUCACUCUUGAUAGCAGAUGUGACAAUGUUCCGAACUUAAGCUACAUUCCCAGCGCGAACGCUUGCUACCUGUACUACAGCUGUAUCGAUGGUAACGCCUAUCCCCAGACCUGCUCCGAUGGAUUGUGGUUUUCCACGGAGCUGCAAGAGUGCGUCACGAAAGAGGAAUCAGACUGCGAACUGACCGAACCACCAACCAGACCGGAAGCACCGGCACCGGAUCCUUCGCCCAGAUGUGACAACGUACCCAACUUUGGUUACAUUGCGAGUGGAGAUUCCUGCCAGUGGUACUACCAGUGUAUUGACCGCAUUGCUUACCGGAUCUCCUGUCCCCGUGGUGAUUGGUUCGAUGAACAGCUACAGCGUUGCGGAUCUCGCUAUGAAGUGCAGUGCGAUCUAGAGCCUGGAACGACGACGUCCAUUCCUACUCCAGCAACCGUUGAUCCAUUGGAAUUAUGCGAAGGCCAACCCAACACAGCGCUGAUACCUAGUGUUACGUUCUGCGAACGGUACUACAGUUGCUACGAGGGUUACCCGUACCCACAGAACUGUCCGACAGGUAGCUCUUUGCAAAGUUCUUGCUCGUCCUCUUCAUCUUCUUCAUCUUCAUCGUCUGGCUCGUGUGAAUCGAACGAGAACGGACGUCCACCGUGGGUUUCGACCGGUCGACCACCGUGGGUAUCGACGGGACGACCACCGAUCAACCGUGACCGGUGCAAUGGUUUACCGGAUCACGAAGUAUUCCCUGCGUCAAACUGUGCCAACUUCCUCACGUGCCUCGGUGGCGAAACCGUUGAGGUGCCCUGUGUGCCGGACGGUACGCUCUUCGACUACGAGCGUGGUGUGUGCGAUCAUCCCGAGUUCGUGACCUGCUACAGCCAGAACAAUCGCUGCACGGGCCGUCAGAAUGGAACGCUCAUCCCCGCCGAGAGCUGCUCCAACUUCAUCAUCUGCAUGAACGAGCUGGAAAACGAGGAAGUGACCUGCGCCCCGGCCGGAACUUAUUUCGAUCACACGCGCGAAGUAUGCGACUUCCCGGAGAACGUGCUGUGCUGGGAGUCGGAUAUGUGUGCGGGACGUCCGGAUGGUUCCCUGGCGCCCUCUCGUAACUGCAGCAACUUCUUCAUCUGCGAGGAUGAGAGCAUCUUCGAGGAGAUCAGCUGUCAACCGGCCGGUACGCUGUUCGACUGGGAGCGGGAGGUUUGCGAUUAUCCGGAAAAUGUGAAAUGCUGGGAAUCGGGCUCCAAUGGUAACAGUACGGAGCGUCCACCGACUUCAAGCGAGUCACCAACCAGACCACCGCUUGAUACUAACGUGCCGAACGAUAUUUGCCGUGGUGUUACGGUCGGAAUGAUCGCUCAUCCGGUCGAUUGCUCACAGUACGUGAUCUGCGUGCUUGGCCAGCCUACGGUACAACGGUGUCCGGAUAAUUUCAUCUUCAUUGCCGAGCUAGCCACUUGUGGCUUUGGAGAUCCCAUUACCUGUCAGGCCAGUCGCGUUUGGGUGGAAACUUAUCAAAAGCGCAUUGACGCCGGUUUGGCCGCGUUUAUACGCAACGCCCCGCUAGUGCACCGAAACUUCGUUCCAAGGAACUCGACCGGCGACCGAGGUCGCUGCCAAGGACAGGCGGAUGGUGUGCUCUUUCCCUCGGUGAACUGUUCCAGCUUUAUCAGCUGCAGCGGUGGACAGGAGGUUGAGACCGCUUGCGCACCCGACGGUACACUGUACGACUACGAGCGCGAGGUGUGCGACCAUCCCGAGUUCGUGACCUGCUGGACGGAGGAGAACCGUUGCACGGGUAGGGCCAAUGGAACACUCAUCCCGGCCACGAACUGCUCCAACUUUAUCAUCUGUAUGAACGAGCUGGAAAACGAGGAAGUGACCUGCGCCCCGGCCGGCACCAUGUUCGAUUACGAGCGUGAAGUGUGCGAUCAUCCCGAGAAUGUCGUGUGCUACGAGGGUGGUGCGUGCGCAGGCCGACCUGAUGGAUCACUCGCACCGUCUCGCAACUGCAGCAACUUCUUCCGCUGUGAGAACGAAGACAUUGCCGAAGAGAUCACCUGCCAGCCGCACGGUACCCUGUUCGAUGCAGAGCGUGAAGUCUGCGAUCAUCCCGAGAAUGUCGUGUGCCUCGAGUCAAGCCCACCGAGCAACAGUACCGAUGGACCACCGACAACGACCCUCGAACCUACGCGCCCACCACUCGAUCCGAACGUACCGACGGAUCUGUGCCGUGGAGUAACGGUCGGUAUGCUAGAGCACCCGACUGACUGUACCCGCUACGUCAUCUGCGUGCUAGGCCAGGCGAACGUGCAGCAAUGUCCUGACAACUUUAUCUUCAUCGCCGAGUUGGCCGUCUGCGGUUUCGGUGAUCCCGUGACCUGCGAACCCAGCCAAACGUGGAUCGGUGUUUACCAACGAGUGACCUCAUACACCGAUUCUCGUACCAAGAUGAACAAGAAACUGUGCAUUCUGCUCGUUCUGGCAGUCCUCUGCGCGGCCGUUAGUGCCGGCAAGGGUGACAACAAGGGUAAACCGAAGGAAAAAUCCAAGGAGUCUAAGGAAUCGAAGGAGUCUAAGGAAUCGGACGAGAAAUCGAACGAAAGCUCGUCGAAGGAAGUGACGGAAGCACCAGCUACGACCAUCCCUCCACCAAUAGAUGAGACUACUGCGCCGGUCGAAGAGAUCACGGAACCGGCCACUGAUACCACAACGGAGGCUGCCGUAACGGAAGCCAUCGCGGAACCGGCCCCAGCUGAGCCUACCAAGGAAGAACUAGCCGCACUGUGCAAGGGAGUCAUCAUCGAUUUGCUUGCGUAUCCGACCAACUGCACCAAAUUCGUCGUCUGUGUGCUUGGAAAGCUGAACGUGCAGACGUGCGGACCGAACCAGGUGUUCUAUCCUAAACUGAAGAUCUGUGGAUUCGGAAACACGGCCAAUUGCUAAUGCGAA